CAAAGUGCGGCAGGUAGCGGCCGCUGGCGGGGGAGUUCCUACCAUGUCCGGGCACAUCCUGGAGGCGGUGGGGUCUUCCCGGGACCGCCGCGGCCUCUCGCUGGCCGGCGUCAAGAAGGCGCUGUCGGCCGCCGGUUACGACGUGCCGCGAAUCAAUUCGCGGGUGAACCAGGCGGUGCGGAGCCUGGUGUCCACCGGCUCGCUGCUGCGGACGGCAGGCGCCGGGGCAUCGGGUUCCUUUAAAAUCAACCGGCAGCACCAUCCGGAGGGUCAGAACCGCCCGGUGGCAGCAGCAGCGGCCGCCGCUAACCCCAAGUCUCGGGGUCGGCAGCGGAAAGCCGCCACCACCCGCGGCAGGAAGAGGAGCCCGGGACGGAGGAAGAAACCGCCGCCAGGCGGCCGGAAGAAGGGCAGGGCCGCCGGCGGACGGAGGAAAGCGGCCAAAGGGACCGGGGUCCGGAGACCCGGUGGUCACAUUCGGGCGGCCCGGAAAGCGACCAAGGAGCCGUUGCCGGGCGCUGAGCCGCCGCCCGGGGGGCAGGAAGCUCAACCACAGACGGGAGCAGGAGAGAGCGGCUCCGAGGAGGCUGAGCCAGGGGCUGGGAAGCGCUGAAGGAGCGGAAUAAAUGACCAAAACAACCGAAAAAAAGGCUCUUUUCAGAGCCACUGAUAUCUUCAGAGAAAGAGUCAUCUCGGCAAAUUUAAUUUUAUGAUAUUUAUUAAA